AUGUCGGUCGAGCAGACUUUCAGCGACACCUCGAGCCAAGAGGGCUUUGAAUGCAAACGCCCAGGGUAUGUCCAGCAGCUUCUGGACCAAGCCAUCUGCUCCAUCCAGGCUGCCACGAACCCGGCCAGCCGGCGCCGCAAACGCCAGAAGCUGCAAAGGAGGCUCAGCGAGUUCUUGGAUCAGGAGCAGUAUGAGGAGGCGAUGGAGCAGUUCAAGGUCCUGUGCGAGACUCGGCUAGGCUACGUGUGGCGCGUGGCCGAGCACAGCGACAUGCCUUGUCCGAGACAGCCCGCGGUGUGCUACCUACAGUUCAACGAGACAUCUGUGCAGUGGGAGCACUCCUUCCGCUGCUUCAUCUGA